AUGGAAGAACAAGAGCAAUUCGAUGAAAGCGGGCUUCCUGGCCCUGGUGCCCCAACCCCGCUCUCACAGCUGGACGGAGUCGCCGGUUUGACAGGGAGGGAUAUCAAGCUGUUUGUGGAUGCAGGAUACCACACUGUUGAGGCCGUUGCUUUCACACCGAAGCGGAUACUGGAACAGAUCAAGGGUAUCUCGGAACAAAAGGCCACCAAGAUCCUAGUAGAGGCUGCCAAACUAGUACCAAUGGGUUUCACAACGGCAACAGAAAUGCAUGCCAGGCGAAGCGAGCUCAUCUCCAUCACAACGGGAUCCAAGCGACUCGACACACUACUGGGAGGUGGCAUUGAAACAGGAUCAAUUACGGAGCUGUUUGGAGAGUUCAGAACGGGAAAGAGUCAAAUAUGUCAUACGCUUGCAGUAACCUGCCAGUUGCCCUUCGAUAUGGGUGGUGGUGAAGGCAAAUGUCUGUAUAUCGACACAGAGGGAACAUUCCGGCCUGUGCGUUUACUCGCAGUUGCUCAGCGAUUCGGUCUCGUUGGCGAGGAGGUCCUUGAUAAUGUUGCUUAUGCCCGUGCAUACAACUCGGAUCACCAGUUGCAGCUACUCAAUCAAGCAUCGCAGAUGAUGUGUGAGACGCGAUUCUCUCUGCUGGUUGUUGACUCGGCCAUGGCUUUGUACCGAACGGAUUUCGCCGGCCGUGGUGAGCUCUCAUCACGGCAAGGACAUUUGGCCAAGUUCAUGCGAACCCUGCAGCGCCUUGCAGAUGAGUUCGGUAUUGCAGUUGUUAUUACCAACCAGGUUGUUGCACAGGUUGAUGGUGGACCAAGUGCUAUGUUCAACCCUGAUCCUAAGAAGCCCAUUGGAGGUAAUAUCAUUGCACACGCCAGUACAACUCGACUGAGCUUGAAGAAGGGCCGUGGUGAGACUCGUGUCUGCAAGAUUUAUGACAGCCCUUGUCUUCCCGAGAGUGAUUGUCUCUUUGCUAUCAACGAAGAUGGUAUUGGUGACCCCAAUGAGAAGGAUCUAGAGGAUAAAUGA